AUGGAUACUUUAAAAUGUGUUACACGCUUGGAAAUUAGGGAAAUCUGCAUAUCCGUUCUUGUACUUGAUUCUGGUGGUUGUGGCGAUGGUGGAGAUGGUGGAGGUGGCGGUGGAGAUGAAGGCGAGGAUGACGGAGGUGGAGUUGACGCAACUGGAGGUGGUGGAGGAAGAGAAGACGAAGAAGGAGAAGGUGGAGGUGGGUUGGAUUCGUUGGUUGUAGAUACGAUGGAGGUGGACAUGGAGAGGCGGUGGACAUGGAUGGGGUGGCGGCAUGAAGUUGCCGGAAGUGAUGGUGGGGGCAGGUUGGGUUGGAGGAGAAGGUGGGGUUGUGGGAGAAUUUAG